AUGAAAACAACUCUCCCAAUCAGAAGGCUUUUAUCCAAUUCCUCAUCGCCACAACAACAGUAUUUAUUCAGCAAUGUUGUUGUUAGAAAUUUCUCUAGAUCGGAAAUUACUCUCAAUCAACAGGAUAAUGCUUCUGCUGCUUCCUUUGAAGAAGCAAAACCAAUGGUUGCUCAAGCUCGUCCAAAGAAAAAGUACAUUAACAAAAUUCUUGAUAAACCACUUGAAAAGCCACUCCAAUUGUGGUUUAAACAAGAUAAAUGGAAUAGUGAUGAACAAAAAAGAAUUGAAUAUAUUGCAAGAUUAUUGAUGAAAUUUCAAUAUAAAAAUUAUCAAGAUUUCCUUGAAACUAAUCCUAAACAAAAAUCAGCUUUGGAACAAAUUGAAGAAAUUACAUUGAGAGAUGAUAAAAUCAUUCAAAAGUUAUUAGAAAAUGAAAUUAAAGAAAGAAAGCCACAAAAUGAAGAUGAAGAUGUUCCUGUUCUCAAAUUUAACAAGGAAGCACUCUCUAAAAUUGAUCCUGAUGAAGUUACACCAAUGGCCGCUUUCAAAUCUAUCAAAAAGAGAAAAUUAGCAAAUAGAACUAUUUUAACAUUCCCUCAAAACAUUCUUCCAAAAUCUGAAACUGAAGCUCAAUAUGCUCAAUUGAGAUUGAUUGAUCUCUUGGAAAAGGAAAAGGGUUGGAAAUUAGUUGGAUGGAAAAUUGGAGCAACUCAACCAAAGGCUUUGGUGAGAUUGAACAUCAAGCAACCAUUCUUGGGACCUAUUUUUGAACAUCAAGUUUUGAAAAAUCCAGAAUCUGUUCAAGUUGAAGAUGUGACAAACUUUGGACCAAUGGUAGAAAUUGAAUUUGGUUUUGUUUUGGCUAAGGAUUUAAAGGCUCGUUCUGAACCAUAUACAAAGGAAGAAUUAAUUGAUGCAUUGGAUCAUGUUAAAGGUGUUGUAGAAAUUAUUGGUACAAGAGUUGAUAAUGUUGAAAAUAAUGGAGGUGUCUUGACAAGAAUUGCUGAUUUGGGUGGUCAUAUUAAUUUAAUCAUUCCAGAAAAGCCAUCAACUUUCGAUAAGACACAAGUUGCCAAGUUGUCAUUUGAAAAUGUUGAACUCUUCUUGAAUGGUGAAUCUGAUACAAAGGCCAAGGGAAGUUUCGUUUGCAAUGGUCAAUAUGAUCCAAAUGAAACUAAAGGUCCAUUAGAUACUUGUCUGCAAUGUAUUAACAGAAUUACAGGUGAAUUUGGUCGUGAUGUUUUGGCAGGUCAAAUCAUUUCUAGUGGUACAAUGACUGGAAAGUCAAGAGAAUUAGAAAAGGGAGAUCUUAUCAAGGCCAGCUUUGAAAAUCCACUCUUUGAUGACAUUGUUUUUAAAUACAAAUAA